AUGCCCCGCCCCAAACUCACCCCCCGAAGGCGCCGGGGUCCCCCAGCCCCCCCAUGGCCCCAGCCGCGGGCACGCAGUGACACCCCUAUGGACCUCCCACUAAACCUCCACAGAUACCAGAGCAGCACCCGCCUCCUGCUGCACGCUGGCCCUUUCGCCUGCCUCGUGCAGGAGAUCUGCCUACUUCUCACCCACGGGGUCGAUUACCACUGGCAGCGCAUGGCCCUGCUGGCACUGCAGGAGGCAGCAGAGGCCUUCAUGGUGCAGCUGCUGGAAGACAUGUACAUGUGCUCACUGGACGCCCGCCGAGUCACCCUGUUCCCCAAGGAUGUGCAGCUGGCCUGGUGCCUGCAGGGACCCCAGGUGGGGGCAUCUGAAUGA